UUUCACUUCGCAGCUUUCAUUGCUCCGACCCUCCCGUCUGAAAAAUUCAUCGGGUUCUUCAAAAUAGUCCUCGAAGGAGAAACCCUUUGGAAUUCCUUCACUCUUGAGCGAUUUAUAGAAGCCAACCACAUACUCAGGAUGAGUCCCCCAGGUAAACUUCAUCGUCUGCCACCUCCUCCCUCAACUCAGGGACUGUCAGCUCAGGCCCUCGCGGCUAGGCGUAAUGUUCUCUCCAAGCCGAUAACUGAGGCUUGUGAGGAGAACAAGGAGUUUCUUGCGACUACUAUCGACAAGAAGGACUAUAGUAGGACCUUACUGGUUGAUGAUGGUAGCGGCGAAGGGGCCAGAUCUGCCGGUGCUUUCAGGUUGACUCCUCGUCGUGAAUGCCUCGGUGACCGUUCUCCUCGGAGAACUCGAUCUCCUCGUCCUUCUUCACGAGAUGAUUUUAGCAACGAACCUCUUAAGAAUCUGAUUCGCCAAAAGAGAGAAAGGUCAUCUCGCAGUGACUCUUCUCCUCGGAGGGAGAAGUCUAGGGCCCGGACUGGCAGUUCCCCUCAAUCGUCUUCUCCUUCCCAACCAAUGGCUCCCCCUCCUCCUGUUGACAUGUCUUCCUCUUCCCAACAUAGUGGCGAGAAGACUGUCCGGAGCGCGUCUCCUAAAAAGGGGGGUACUGAGUCUCGAGAUACUCUCCCGAAGUCGAAGGUUGUACUCGUCCCUCAGAGCAAAUCGCUUUCAGGUCUGACGGCUAUUCAUACAUACUUUUAAAUUUU